CCUCCCACACUUCGCUUUUUACCUCAGCGAGGUGCGCGUGUUUCGGUUUCGGUGUGCGGGGAGAGCGAGAGAGACGGACGAAACAUCAUGACAACCGAAAAGAGUUUAGUGGCAGAGGCUGAGACUCCUAAGCAGCAGCCACCAAAAGAGGAGGAAGUAGCUACUGAAACAGGAACACAGGAAGCUUCCUUGGAGAAAGCUCCUGAGGGGGAUAAUCAAUCAAAGAAGAAGCCGAAAGCAUCCAAUGGUGAUACACCCACACGAGAGGACCAGAGCAAGAACAAAGAGCGCAGUUCUGAAAGUCGGGGCUUGUCACGCCUGUUUUCAUCCUUUCUCAAGAGGCCCAAAUCUCAGGUCUCUGAGGAAGACGGCAACGAGGCAGAAACAAAGGAACUUGGUGAAGGAGACCAGAAAGACACGGAUAUAGGAGUUGAUCUCAAUGAAGAGAUUCUGCUGAAAGCCCCAAUAGCAGCUCCUGAACCUGAGCUCAGGACUGACCCAUCUUUAGAUCUUCACUCUCUAAGCAGUGCAGAAACACAGCCUGCUCAGGAAGAUAGGAGAGAAGACGAUCAGGAUCAGGAUCAGGAUCAGGAUCAAGAUCAAGAUCCAGAGAACAGAGAUCUUGAAGUUAAGGAAGAAGGAGAGCAGGUGGAGUGCUCCAAUACUGACGAAAAAAAAGAGAGCACCAAGGCGAAAGCAGACAAAGAAUUAAAAGGUGCUCAGAAAACAAUAAGAAGAUCCAGGAACAGCAUGCACUGCAAAAUUACUUUGCUGGAUGACACAAUUUUUGAGUGUUCUCUGGAUAAACAUGCCAAAGGACAGGAUCUUCUUAAGAAAGUAUGUGAUCACCUCAACCUUUUGGAAGAAGAUUAUUUUGGACUGGCCAUAUGGGAUACCCCAACCUCCAAGACCUGGUUGGAUGCUGCCAAAGAGAUAAAAAAACAAGUUCACGGAGGCCCAUGGAACUUCACUUUCAGUGUCAAAUUUUAUCCUCCAGAUCCAGCACAAUUGACAGAGGAUAUAACAAGGUAUUAUUUGUGUCUCCAGCUGAGAAAAGACAUUAUCACCGGGCGGCUUCCUUGCUCCUUUGCUACGUUAGCUCUGCUGGGUUCUUACACAGUCCAGUCUGAGCUAGGAGACUAUGACCCAGAUCUGCAUAGUGCAGAUUAUGUCACUGAAUUCAAACUGGCCCCAAACCAGACAAAAGAACUGGAAGACAAGGUCAUGGAAUUACACAAAACUUAUAGGUCUAUGACUCCAGCUCAAGCUGACCUGGAAUUUCUUGAAAAUGCCAAAAAGCUGUCUAUGUAUGGAGUUGAUCUUCAUCAAGCCAAGGACUUGGAAGGUGUGGAUAUCACUUUGGGAGUCUGUUCCAGUGGCCUUCUUGUCUAUAAAGAUAAAUUGAGAAUCAAUCGCUUCCCUUGGCCAAAGGUGUUGAAGAUUUCUUACAAGCGCAGCAGCUUUUUUAUAAAGAUUCGUCCUGGUGAGCAUGAACAAUAUGAAAGUACAAUUGGAUUCAAACUUCCAAGUUAUCGGGCAGCUAAGAAACUGUGGAAAGUCUGUGUUGAGCAUCACACAUUUUUCAGGCUAACAUCCACUGAAGCAAUUCCCAGGAGCAGGUUCCUAGUAUUGGGCUCUAAAUUCCGCUACAGUGGUCGGACACAGGCUCAAACAAGACAAGCUAGUGCCCUGAUUGACAGACCUGCACCACAGUUUGAACGGACAGCGAGUAAGCGGGCCUCUAGAAGCCUCGAUGGUGCUAAACGUGGCUCUCAAAAAAUUGAGUUCAGACCCGUAGAGGAGGAUGAGAAGCAUGAGGAUUUGGUGUUGGUUGGGGUUCCGGAAUCAGAACCUGUGGAACAGUUUCGGGAGAAGCCAGCAAAACAUGCUCUUGAGAAUAUUGAAAAACACAUAGUGACUGAGGAGGAGCUGACUUUGGAAGUGUUUAAAGUUCCUGAUCCAGAAAAAAAAUUAGUGGAACAAUUAGAAAAACAGCCAGCCAUACCUGUUGUUGCAACAUUUGGCAUAAAGACAAUAAAAGAAGAGGAGAAAGAAGAAAAAGCAGUUGUGGUGCAGGAUCUAGAACAAAAGCCACUAUUUCUUGAAACAGUUCAGGAGGAGUCAGCAGUAGCAGUGGUCACACCUGACCGAAGUCCACGCCCUACAUCUGCACCAGCUAUUGCUCAGAGCCAUGUAACUGAAUCCGCUCCACCAGCUGUAUCUGUUAUCAAGGAACCAGCUGUCACUAAAACUGAAAAGGAUCCAGUGAGAAAAGAAAUAAAACAUGAAGAAGCUCUACCAGAGAAGGCAAAAGAACAGCCUGAAGGAUUCCAGCAGCGUGCUGAAAAAGAGGAAGACCCGAUAAGAAUGAGGAAGAAAAGAUCAAAGAGACUAGAUGGUGAAAACAUUUAUAUAAGACAUAGCAAUUUAAUGUUGGAGGAUUUAGACAAACCUCAAGAGGAGAUAAAGAAACAUCAUGCUAACAUCAGCGAGCUGAAGAAAAACUUUAUGGAAGCUGUUCCUGAGCCACGGCCAAGUGAAUGGGACAAGCGCCUCUCUACUCAUUCUCCCUUCAGGACCCUUAAUAUCAAUGGGCAGAUCCCCACAGGAGUAGAAGGAAGUAUGUGUGACACUCCCUUCAAAGAGGAUGCAGAUGCAGUGGCAGAGGGGAAAAAUAUUACCUCUCACUUUGAAUGGGAGGUCUCAAAGCAUUCAGUAGACUUUAGUGAGACCCAAAUGUCAACCACACAAGAAUCUGCACAAACUUCUAAAUCUGGCACAUCUUCCAUAAGCAGCAAGGAGGAGGAGGAGGGUGCCGUUGCUCUUGCUGAGAGCGAGGAAGACCUAAGGUGUGAAAAGGGAUUUUACUCAGAUGUGGAAAAAGAGGCUGAGGAUUCAAAGCAGGCUGAGGUCGAAAUAUCUGUAAUCCCUGUCUCACCUCCACUGCACCUCCAUGAGCAAGAGGAGGAAGCCUGUGAUGGUGAAGAAGAAAAAAUAUCAAGCGAGCCACUUAGAAAGCUAAAUGGAGAAUGUCACUACUCAAAUAUUGAUAAUGAAUUUCCUGCCCUCAUUCGCUGUUUCCAGCCACCCCUUGUGAAGACUCAGACAGUUACAAUCUCCGAUGUGUCCAACACUGUGAAAAGUGAAAUUCCAACUAAAGAAGUUCCGAUUGUCCACACGGAGACCAAGACUAUAACUUAUGAAGCUGCGCAGACUGAUGAUGGCAGUGGAGAUUUAGAUCCUGGAGUUCUGCUAACUGCUCAGACCAUCACUUCAGAGACCUGCAGCAGCACUACCACUACGCAGAUUACAAAGACUGUGAAAGGUGGAAUUUCAGAAACACGAAUUGAAAAAAGAAUUGUCAUCACAGGAGAUGCAGACAUUGAUCAUGAUCAAGUUCUUGUUCAGGCCAUCAAAGAAGCAAAGGAACAACACCCAGACAUGUCUGUGACCAAGGUGGUUGUCCAUCAGGAGACCGAGAUUGCAGAAUAAAUGGCAAGUCCAGCUAUAUAAGUUGUAUAUCAGGCGAUAUCUGUUUCAGUCUGCGAAGGCCACCCAAGAUAUACCAGCAAAACUACAAGGAAACUACCUUGGAGCACCAUGACCUCAAAUUUGCCAGAUUUUCUCUCAAGCAAACAUUCUAUCAUUUACUACUAGGAAGUUGUGCUUUUUGAUGUUUACUUGGGGUUCUCUUUAAUACAGUGGAUCCCUUUUUGAUUAUCGUUUUUAUAUUGUGACUGACAAUAUGCCAUACUUUUCACAGUACUGAAGUAUUUCUUUUUUUACAGGUUUUCAUUUUUCUUUUUUGCAUUCCCUUUCCCACCACCCUUUCUGGAUCUGUAUUAUGACAUCAAAGGCCCACGCAAAAAGAACAUGUAGGGCUUACCAAAAGUGGUUGCCUUUAACUGCAUUGCCCUUCAUCUUCCUCCUCCUCGAGCAGCUUGCAUUCUCACAUAACUUUGAACACAUUAUAGUCUGUGUCAAUGACCUAAAAGUGGCCCCCUUACCAGAAAAGUCAACAAAUCACUUUGUGCAAUGUUUUGAUUUGCCUCUUACGAUUGAUCUGAAACACCUCCAGUGUUCCCAGCCACAGCUAUUUUAUAUAUACCAGGCACAGGCAUGUCUGCCCUCUUUGCAUCUGGAUUUUCCUGGCUUUUGUGGGUUUCUCAGCCAGUAGAUGCUUGAACAUAGAAGGAGGCUGUGGUAUUUGCACAGGUGUUUCUGUAGUUGUUCAGGAAUAAUGGAAGUUGCUUCACCUUUUAUACUGUGAAUUCUAGAGCUUUUAGAUGAACUGUGACAAGGCAGCUUGCCUUCCUUCAUUAUUUCUCUCCUUUUUAUUUCCUUUCCUUUUUUAUACUUCUUGGAAGACUGCAUCUCUUGUCAAUCUUAUCAGCUUUUUUUCUUCUCCCCGCCCCCCAUUAAAUUAAGCCUAUCAGAACUGUGUGUUUAAGAGGAAUGGCCUCUGAACGCUAUGACAUAGGCUGUAAUUUGCAAUAGUUUUUCCCUCCCUUCCCAGUCACGUGUGUUCAGGGUUUUGUUUUGUUUUUGUUAGGAUAGUUUUGUAAUCGUACUGGUUUUUAAAGCACUAUUUAAACUUGGCGCACAGACAACAUAUCAAAGUAAGGGAUAUAUGAAACUCAGUCAUCCCUUAAAGACAAUCCAGCGUUCCUAAACCUGUACUCUUUAAGCAGGCAAUUUCAAAGACUUUAUCCAGGAUAGGUUGUUUCCACUGAUUGCUGUUAAAAACUAGGCCUUUUGGAGAGUGACUGUACUUGUUUCCAUCAUAUACUGCUCCUUGCAAGUCAAUAUAGUAGACUGUAGUUCUUCUUCGGUGCAGUUCACAGAGCACACUGCUGUUGUGCCUCCUUCCUUCAUUUCAGUGGGGUCAUAUAAACUCCUUACAUAAUCCCAUCAAAAUGAGUGCAGGAUGUAGAGCAGCUGUCCUUAGUGAAUUGCUCCCUCAGGCUCCUUCACUGCCAUGCUGGAAUGAAAUGACAGAGCCCAGGAUUGGCUGAAGUUUUCAGCACCUUAACUCAGGUGUAAUUACUGGAGAAUGUUGCAUGCCAUCACACACACACAUUUGGAGAAAGAGCAGGAGUUGAUGUUUUCCUGUGGAUGGGUAGAAUUUUUUAAAAAAAGGAUUUCCCCUUGCUUUUAAAUUACACUUUUAAACAAAUCACACAAAAGGUUGUUGGUAGAGAAUACUCCAGUUGGAGAGAAUUUUCACUUCCUGUAUAUGGUUUUGCCACUUGCCUACUGAAUUAUUCCAAAUUCGGGUGCACUGUGCUCUUUACAAAUAGGAUAUGCUUCCUUGAACCACUACUGAGUUGGAAGGUUACAUUGGCAACACUAAAAACUGCAGACCUGAUCUUUCAUUCCAGCAACGUGUGAAAAUUCUGUGAAGGUAUAACCUAUAGAAUUAUGAACUAUGUUAUUUCUAUGAAAGGGAUGAGAUUGUAUUGAAUAUGCCACCUAAAUAGCAGCCAUGGGUAGAGGCUAAUUGUACCAUAUGAGAAAUGGUAAUGAAUGCUUUGUGCUAUUUAAGUUAAAGGACGAUAGAUAUACACAUUGUUAAAAGAAUUUGAGUUCAGCGGCUUAGUGUUUGGAACUUUUCAUUUAAGCUACAUGGUCACAUUGUAUGUAUCUUCUUCCCUCAGAUUCAAGUGCAUUUUAAAUUAGGAAGUCAGUACAAACUUUUACAGAGCUCAAAGAGUUAUAAGAGUGUAAGAAUUCAGCCCUCCUUGAUCAGCUUUGCUCUAAUGUGCAGGGGUGGGGGCACUGCUAACCACAAUGAGCUUCCAGUGGCUGCCAUCCAAAGCUGGGAGUAAAGCCCAGCUGAAAACAGUUGGCCUUACUUCUAAGUGAAUAAGCACAGGAUUGGGCUAUAAUGCUUACUCCAGGAAUUCAUAUGUCCUCUUUCUCUCUACAAAGGAACUUUUAAAAACGCUGAACUUAAAAAUGAAUGAAGUCAGCCCAUAGCACUUAAAAUAAUGAAUUUAUUGUGGAAGAUGACUUUGGGUGCGUCACUUUCUCUAAUGUUGAAUCUUAGUACCUCUGCAGCUUUUUAUCCUCCGAUAUUAAAAGCUUAAAGCAGCAGCCUUGAAAGAUGUCUCUCGUUCUAAAGAAGGCAUCUUUUUAAAAGGUCAAACCUUACCGUACAUGCAGUCCUGUUACUCAUUUAUUAAUGCAACUAUUGUUUUUCAAUACGUUCUUUUCAAUACGUUCUUCAAUACGCUGGUGGAAGGACAUAUGUCUUGUCCUUCCACCAGCUAUUACUCGGCAUGAUGUGGACCCUUUUGUGUACUGUGGCUAGCUAGCUGGCGUUGUCCUGUCCUGUUUAACACUCCACUUCCAGGCAUUUUUGCAUGAAAUGUAAGUCCGCCAUUAAACAUAUAAUUCCCUUCACGCAAUGAGGCGCCCUUCCAUUUUCAGAGCUCUCCACCCCUUCUCCUUUUGGUCCCCAAAUCUAUCCAUGCAGCAACCCUAACUUAUAGACACCUUGUCCCCUCCCAUUUUUUAUGGUGAGUUGGGCAGCGGGGGGCAGGGGGAUGAUUCAGACUUCCUACAAUCCCAGUUGCUUUCCUUUCCUGCAAAUUCCUCUCCUCUGAAUAUCCCCCUGUCCUGGGUUUUAGCUUCUUUUUCACACAACCCAAAUAGUAUACAUAGCCGUUUGUGUAAAUAUUUAGCACUGCUUAAAAAAGUUACCUAAUCUCAAGAAUAGUUCAACAUCUCAAGGGAGGGAAGCAAGUCUAACUGGACGACAUGUGAAACAAACCUGGAAUAUGGAAGGACAAAAAAACUUAAAUGCAACUGGGCAGUGAGUCAGACAUAGCCCUGAGGUAGGAUGCAGCAGGACAAGAUGUACUACGUGAAUAACUGAGAGUCACCCUAGUUUUGCCUGUUCCUUCAUUUUUGUUUUUAUAGUAUUUAUCCAUCACAGACCAUCUUGGCAAAGGUUUUAUGUAUUUAGCACUAACAGGCUUAGGUAAUAAAAUUUGAUCUUGCCUUUGUCGAAUCAAAAUUGAGCUUUCCAUGUCAAACAGAGAAUCCCUAUCUCCUUUAGGUACAUUCAGGAUUGUGUACCUAAAGGAAGGUACAUAAUCUGCCCAAAACAACACAAAACAUAUGCCUCCAAUUAUGUAGCGGGAAAUGCUGAAUUGCGCGAAUUAUUUGCUAUUUGGGUCAUGCAAAUCAACCUGAUUAACAUGACCUUUGUGUCGGUUAUUUUGCCAUUUCCCCAUCAUUCUGCUUCUGAUCAUUGUAAGGGAAAGAAUUUAUUUCCCUAAUUAUUGUAGUAUCUCCGACUUUUGACUAGAAAUCUAAUUUAACAACUUCUCUGGCUUCUACAUAUCACCAGGCUUUGCCCACAUACUUUUAAGCUUAACUUUGCAGCAGUAAGGUCUAGAAACCUUUAAAAAUUAAUAAUUAAAAAUGAGUUUCUUAGGAACCUGAAUUCUGUGGCCGGUGCCAUGUUCUGUGAUUUUUCUUCCAUAUAAUUUCUGCAAGCAUACAGUUUUGAAUAUGCUCCCUUUACAUUAAGGAAAGCAUUUGCUUACUAUUUGGGCUUAUAAAUAGUCACUGACCUGGUUACUUGUGGCAACCAGGAUCACCUCCCAGCAAGAAGACAGAGGGCAGCUGUUGUAAAUUGAAGAGUUGUUUGUUUUUUCUUAUCUACAAGUGACUAACAUUAAGUAUGCAUGGCUGGUUGAAAAAAUUAUGAGCUAGAAUUUAUUUGCCAAGCUGGCUUAGCUUUUCACAGCUGGUGUUGUGAAAUCCACGCAGUUCUAAGAUACCAGGGGUAUAUCCUCCUGAGCAGUCUGAGGGGGCUGCCACUUCUUGUGAAGAAGGAAUAUUACCAGGCUGCCUGCACUCCCAAAUCUGCCACCAUCACUUGAACAGUGUAGAAUAAAGUUGGCUUCUGGCAUUUUCAAAAUUGCUGGGGGCCAGUGCUGCUAUCAUCAGUGCAGUACAAUGAAAUACGAUCUAUUUAUUUGUAAUGCUGAGAUGACAAUACGUUCCCAAUCACUUCCUCUCCCAUCUAUGAGAUUAUCCAGAAACUGUCUUAACUGUAUAGUAAAUGGAAGCUAUUUAUGUAUGAAUGUGUGUACAGAAGGAAGGGCAGCAGGAUGGGGGAUCCAUAAUGACCAAUUCGGAAUUUUAAAAAUUACAACUUCACUUGCCAACAAUUAAAGUAUGAAUAAACCUUGGUUUUUUUCCUUUGGGGGGUUUCCUAAAGUGUGGUUUGCCAUUUUCAUAAAACAAACAAUUAAGCAUCUGUGUUCUAAUUAGGGGGGUUGUUUUUGUUUUUUAAACAUUGAAUCACAAAUUAUUUCACUGCAGAUAUGAAGGAGCUUUGUAAAUUUUUUAAACCGGUGAAUUGUAUAGAAUAGUGAAUUACUUCUUUCUUUAAAAAUAGGAAUGGAGUAAAAAAAAAGCAAAUCUUUAUAGCUUAUGUAGCUGUUAUUUUGGACUUUUGUAGUCAAAGAGGAAGUAGAUGUAGCAUUUAGACAUAAGUGUUCAAUCUUGCUACUUGUAUUGCAUUUUUUCAAUAAAUUUUCAAAUAAAA